UCACCUCAUUGCAGUUUGCGGCAUGUUAUGUGGUUUGUUUUCUUGCUGAAGCGAAGAAAUAUAUUUUAGUGUUCUCCCGGUUAUAAACUAUAAUUAUAUUGAUAAUAGUUUUUAAUUUCAAAGUUUUCAUUUUCAUCAUGAAGCUUAUUACUCACAAUUUUUUGUCCGCAAAAUGCCUGAAGCGUGUAAAUGUCGGAUAUCCUUUGAAAAUCGUUCCUAAAGAAAUUCAAGAAGUAAAAACUGACUUUAAUGCUGAAUUCAUUUGCAGAAUGAUUCCAAAACUGGAUUGGGAUGUCUUGUAUUCAACUGCUGAAUCAAUUGGUCAUUUAAAUGACUUGCCCAAGACAUUAUCACCUCAGUAUGAAAAUGAUGAAGAACUCCUGAGAAAAAUUCAUCAUGUCCUGCUUGAAGUUGAAGUUAUAUCUGCUGAUUUAAUUUGUCCUGAAACUGGGGUGAAGUUUCCUGUAAGUGAUGGUAUUCCUAAUAUGCUUGCCAAUGAAGAUGAAGUCUGAAUUCACUGUAUUCCACAACCAAAAAUUACAUCUAACUUUCAUACAAUAUUAUUGUUGGAUGCAAGUUUUUAAAGGAUUUUUCAUUUGUCAAGGAUUGGACAGAGAUGUAUAUUGCUUGUAUAUAAAUUUAUCAUGUUAUUUAAUAAAGCAUUCAAUUUUGAGUUUUA